AUGGCUGCCAUCCAGCAAGAGCCGUCUGCAGCGCCAACGACAGCCAACGCACCUGCAGAUGCUGUGGUGGAUCCUCAUGCGAAGUCGACGGAUGAUGGAACCAGGAAUGGAAGCCAGGCGGAUGAGAAGACGAGGUCCGAAUCUGCAUUAUUCACGCCUCUCAGCAUCUCAAAUGGUCGCAUCGAGCUCGCGCAUCGCAUCAUCAUGGCACCCAUGACCAGGAACCGGGGAGUACCACUCUACUUGACAAGACCCAACCGUGCGUGGGCCCACGACGAGCUCGGAGCUCUCUACUAUGGACAGCGUGCGACUCCUGGUGGCCUCAUUAUUACCGAAGGCAUCUAUCCCACUGUGGAAGCUUCGGCGUCGCCUUGCGUGCCUGGCCUCUUCGAUGACAAGCAAGUUCCCGGGUGGACGGCCGUGGUCAAUGCUGUUCAUGGGAAGGGAGGAUACAUCUUCGCGCAGCUCUGGCAUGCAGGGAGGACAUGUCUUCCGCAUUUCACAGGCAAGCCAGCCAUGAGCUCAAGCUCAACGCCGCUUGACGGCGAUCAAGAGGCUAGAUAUCCACCGCCCGAUGAUGAUAGUGGCUCUCCGGGCACUGGACAACGAGUAAAGUUGAGAGACUUUCCACCUCAGGAGAUGACCUACAGCGACAUCAAGCGCACGAUUGACGCAUACGUUAGCACGGCCAAGCGGGCAAUGGACCAGUGCGGCUUCGAUGGCAUCGAGAUACACGGCGGCAACGGUUAUCUCCUUGAGCAGUUCCUGAGUACAAACGUCAACAAACGAACAGACGAGUACGGCGGCACAAUUGAAGGCUAUUGCCGCUUCCCGGUCGAGCUCAUGACCGCACUUGCUGAUGCUAUCGGAGGCGAGAACGUCGCGAUACGGUUGUCCCCGUUCGGCCUCUUCAACCAGUCAUACGGCGAGCAAAGACCGGAGAUCUGGUCUUAUCUCUGCCGGGCACUCAAGCAGAAAAUUUCAAAUAUGUCCUAUAUCCACUUCAUUGAGCCUAGGUUCGAGCAGAUAAUCGACACGACCUCGAAAGACUCGUAUCUGAAGUCUCUCGGUGGGAACAUCAGCAUCAAGCCCUUUCAAGAGAUCAUGGGCAGCACGCCUUUCGUUGUAUCCGGAGGCUACAAUGACACCAACAUCUGGGGAGUUAUUGAGUCCGGGAACGCGGAUGCCAUAAGUAUCGGCCGAUACUUCACAAGCAAUCCAGACCUGGUAGCUCGAUUGCGCGAAGGCAAAGAGCUGCGAAAAUAUGAUCGCGACCGCUUCUACUGGAUUGAUGAGCCUAGAGAAAGGGGAUAUACAGACUUCGAACCGUUCUCAUAG